AUGCUCAACUUCCGCAGAAAGAAGUCGGCCGAGUCCGAGGCCACGGCGCAAGAGGCUGUCACCGUCGACGAUGCGCCCCGCCAACCGUUCCGAAAGGCUAUCGUGCCUGUCAUUGCCUGCGGUGCCGGUCUCUUUUCCGACGGCUACAUCAACAACGUCAUCGGAUCCGUCACCACGAUCCUCGCACUGCAGUACGGCGACCUCUACAAGACCUCCAACGCCAAGAAAUACGUCGGCGACAUCGCCUUUGCCGGCACCGUCGUCGGCCAGCUCGCUUUCGGCUGGCUCGCCGAUCACUGGUCACGAACGAACUCACUGCUUGUAUCGACUGUCAUCCUGCUCGUCUUCACUGCGCUCGCUGCCGGGUCUUACUACAAGGGCGAUGAUAUCGGCAUGUUCAACAUGCUGGCCGCAUGGCGAUUCUUUGUCGGCAUCGGCAUUGGAGGAGAGUACCCCGCGGGUAGCGUCGGCGCAGCAGAGUCUACCGGCGAGCUAAAGUCGGGCUCGAGAAACUUGUGGUUCAUCAUGUUUACGAACACCAUGAUUGAUUGGGGAUUCGUUAUUGGCGCUUUCGUGCCGUACGUCGUAGCAGCCGCUUGCCACAAUGGCCACUACAGCACCAUCUGGCGCACCAGCUUGGGCAUUGGUGUGGUCUUCCCCAUGUUCCUCUUCGCCCUCCGUCUCUUCGUGAAGGAGCCCGAAGCGUCAACCAAGAACUCCAUGCGCUACGCAAAGACGCCGUAUCUGCUCUCACUAAAGUUUUACGGUUGGCGCCUCUUCGUCGUCAGCUUGAUCUGGUUCAUUUAUGAUGCAAGUCCUGCUGAAAUGUUCUCCGCCUAUUCGUUCGGAAUUUACUCCUCAACAAUCCUGAGCAACCUCUACGGAGAGACGGCCCCGCUCACCACCAUCUUCGGCUGGAACACGGUCAUCAACCUGUUCUACAUCCCAGGUACCAUGCUCGGCGCCCCGGCCUCCGACUGGCUCGGCCCACGCUAUGCCCUUGCCCUCGGCGUCUUCUUGCAGGCCAUCGUCGGUUUCAUCAUGGCCGGCGACUACUUCAACCUGUCGCAGCCCGGCAUGGUCGGCGGCUUCGUCGUCGUCUACGGCAUCUUUUUGGCGCUCGGCGAGUUCGGCCCCGGUAACAAUAUUGGUCUGCUUGCCGCAAAGACUUGCGCCACGGGCAUCCGCGGCAAGUAUUACGGUGUCGCGGCGGCCAUUGGCAAGAUUGGCGCUUUCGUUGGUACAUGGGUUUUCCCGUACAUCCAGGCAGCUGCCGGUGACAACGCAGUCGCAACCGCCCAGUACCCAUUCUGGGUAUCCUCCUCACUCUGCAUCCUGUCCGCCGCCCUCGCGAUCUUCUGCCUGCCGCAUAUCGGUCAGGACACCAUUGCGCUCGAGGACGCACGGUACCGCGCCUACCUGGAGGCAAACGGUUACGACACCCGCCAGCUCGGCAUGAAGAGAGGCGAGAACUUCGAGAACACGGAUGCUGAGAUUCCUGCCGAGGGUCUGACUGAGACUACCAAGGGCGAGAAGGUGGCGGCUUAG